AUGAGUGAAGAGCAAGAAACGCAUACUGAAAACCAAGAAGAAAUUCAACAUGUUGAGGAGGAAGAUGAAUCAGAGGAUAUUCCUGACCAGCAAUCAGAAAAUUCGGCUGAGGAUUCAACAGAAAAUCCAUUUGGUUUUCUAUUUUGCUCCUCCGUUACAAAAUGUUUUGCACAAACUGUCACAGAUAACAACAUAGUAUUCUUCAGCGGAAAUGAAUAUCAAGGCGAAAUGAAAGAAGGAAUUAUUCAUGGAAAUGGUACAUAUAAGUGGACAGAAUUAGGUGCACAAUAUACAGGAACAUUCAAAUGGGGUGCUCUUACCGGCGUUGGAACAAUCCAAUGGAAAGAUGGCUCUGUUUACACUGGCUCUGUUGUUAACGGAGUUCGCGAAGGCAAAGGAAAGUAUCGCUGCAACGGACCCAAGAUUUUCGUUUACGACGGAGAAUGGCAUAAUGGACAAUUCCAUGGAGAAGGAAUUUGCUAUUAUGGCGAAGAAGGCUGCGAACAUUAUUAUGAAGGUCAUUUUGAGAAUGGCUUAAGAAAUGGCAAGGGAACAAUGCACUAUCCUACAGGAAAUGUUUACGAAGGCGAGUGGCUCAACGAUAAACGCCACGGAAAAGGAAAAUUCUUAUGGAAAGAAAGCGGUUCAUAUUACAUUGGUGAUUUCAUUGAUGGUAAAAUGGAAGGAAAUGGUGAGAUUGUUUACGCAUUCUCUGCUCAAGCUCCAUCAGUUCAAUUUGUUCAAUCAAACAGAUAUCUCGGUGAAUUUAAAGACUCACUCCGCAAUGGAAAGGGUACAUUCUACUACGCAAAUGGUGCUGUCUAUAAAGGACAGUGGGAAAACAACUUAAAGAACGGCCAAGGUACAUUUACUUCUCGUGAUGGUCGUGUUUACGAAAGUGAAUUCCGCGAAGGCUCAAUUUACCAAAAUGGUCAACUUUUCGUUCCCACUCCAUCAAUUUCUCUUUCAUUUUCUCUCGAAGGAUUAUUGGCUCCAUCAGAAUCAGCGGAUGAAGUCAUGAAUUCCCUUUGCAACAUUUACGUUCGCUUCCUUCCAAAGCUUCGUGCUCUUUACCAACAGUAUUCUCGUAUACAAUGGGCAGAUGAUAAAACAAUUACAGCUCUCAGAAUGAUCGGUAUGUGGAGAUUCAUCCAAGAUAAAGGUACAAUCCUCGAUCCCGACUUCCGUUUGACAGAUGCAGAUGACGUUAUUAAAUGGAACCUCGAAAAACCUUCUGUUCAUGAAGAAGAGAAUACACAACUUAGCAAGAAAGAAUCAUCACCACUUUUGAGAUCAACAUACAGAUUUUCAAUGAGUUCUGAAGAUAUAUCUCAAUCUGCUUUCAGAAACUUCCCACUUUCUGACGCUCCAGAUCCAUUUGCAACAUUAUUCCUUUACCAGCUCUUCGAAUCUUUGGUUCGCCUUGCUCAUCAUAGACUUGGAAGCCAAUUCCCAGAUUCAUUGAUUUUACAAGUAACAAGAUUCUUAGAAAACCUCAUUUUUGUUGAUGAUACACAACCAGAAAAUGAGUGGUCAACAUUCAGACGCUCAAUUUCAGAACAAGCAUUUGAUGAUAUGAUUACAGAAGUUUCUCCAAAGCUUUUAGAUCUUUACUUAUCAUUCUGUGGCUAUUCUAGCGGUACUUCGGAGUUCCAGACAAAGCAACUUGACGCUGCUGUUAAAUUAGAUUCAAAUGUCGACGUUGAUAUUGUUUCAUAUAACGGAUUAAUGACAGUUAGAGACUUAAUCCUAUUUAUGGGCAAACGUGGACUAUUUGAAAGCGGCGAUCUCACAGUUAUGCAGAUUUUAUUAUUUAUUAAGUACUCCGGAGUUUCUAGAGCUGUUAGUGAAGAAGAAUCCAACGAAUUCCGCAAGUUCUUUACAUCAUUUAUGAAGUGUAAAGUUACAUUUGUGGAAUUUGUUCAGACAUUAGUUUGGGCAUCCUCCAAUUUAAUCAAACAAGACUGGACAAACAUCGCAAAGUUUGAAUACUUGGUCGAACAUAUUGAUGCUUGGGUUCCUCCUUCAAAUGAACCAGAACCAGCUGAAGCUGAUGUUGAAGAUGAUGCUGUUGAUGAAAAUGUAGAUGGAAAGGCUGAUGCAAAAGAGUAA